UGACACAAUGGCGUCUAACAUGGAGGUGCACAUGAAGCAGUGAUGUGUACGUACUUACAGGAUUAUUUGAGUUGUAUUACUGCACUUACAUCUUACCAAAUUCCUAGACAAAUAAGCCUUAUCCCCAGCCAGCAUCCUGUCUACUUGCCAAUGUGGGAGUGUUUUCUGUGUUCUCUGUGCAGCUGCACUGUGCACAGUUGACUGUGUGUGUUGUCUCAGCAUCCUGUGUUGCACAGAGUCUAUUUAGUCCAGUUACAAUCAGUGUAUUUUACUAGACAGUAAGAGUGAAUGACAGCAAACAGUAAAAUGAAUGCAUGCAGUAACACUAUCGGGGAAGAUAAAUGUUUUCAAACAACUUAAUAUAAAUAAUACUCUCCUUCCUCCCAAUAUCCUCCUUCAGAGCCAUCCAAAAAGUGGAAGUGCUGUGAGCCAAAGCUGUCUGGUGGGUCUGAGUUCCAUCAUUCUUGCAGCUGUUCCUGGGGUGGCAUUAAGCACUGCCCGUGAAGAUGCACGUGCAAAAAGCCAUCCAUAUGGUAGCAGGAAGGUCACUGCCUUGCAGAGACUAACAGCAGCUUCUGUGUACCCUGUGGGAUCACCUCAGGACACUUGUUCCGUGGUUACUACCUGUAGAAAAGAGUGGUGUUUUCACAAAUACCAGAACUGCUGAAGCCUGAUACUUCUCUCCCAUGGCUGAUGGCAGACACUGUUGGAGGCUUCUCCUGUUAUCACUGAACUGGGCAAUUCAGAGAGUAAGGCAGCAGCAGUCUUACACAGUGGCCCCCUGAAGCCUAAUGAGAGACAUGCUUCCCAGCUUAAGAAGAAGGAACUUUACAGCAACUUCAGGAUGGAGCCUGAUACAGAUCACUACCCCAUCCUGCUCUGGUGGUCUCCUCUGACUGGAGAGACAGGGAGAUUGGGGCAGUGUGGUGAGGAUGUUUGUUUCUUUACUGUUAACAAGACCUACCAGCACAGUCAGCUGACGAGAGCUUUUUUGUUCUAUGGUACUGAUUUCAGUAUAGACAGCCUACCCCUUCCUCGAAAAGGCCAUCAUGAUUGGGCCCUUUUCCACGAGGAGUCACCAAAAAACAACUACAAACUUUUCCAUGAACCAGCUAUCACCUUAUUUAACCACACUGCAACUUUCAGCCGUCAUUCUCACCUACCGCUGACCACUCAGUACCUUGAGAGCAUAGAGGUCCUCACGUCCCUGAGACAUAUGAUCCCAGUGCAGAUGAAGAACAGCCUGAGGAAGCGGCUUGCACCACUUGUGUAUGUGCAGACUGACUGCAAUGCUCCUUCUGACCGGGACAGCUAUGUACGUGAGUUGAUGUGCCACAUUGAAGUAGACUCUUAUGGAGAAUGUCUGCAUAACAGAGACCUCCCUCAGUAUCUCAGAAAUCCGUCUGCCAUGGAUGAUGGGAACUUCUAUAAAAUACUGGCUCAGUACAAGUUCAUUCUUGCUUUUGAAAAUGCUAUCUGUGAAGAUUAUAUCACUGAAAAACUUUGGCGGCCUCUGAUGCUGGGAGUGGUACCUGUGUACUUUGGUUCUCCCAGCAUUAUAGACUGGCUUCCCAGCAACAAGAGUGCAAUCUUGGUAUCUAGUUUUUCACACCCUCGAGAGCUGGCCCACUAUAUCAAAACACUGGAUCAAAAUGACCAGGAGUAUGAGGCCUACCUGGAAUGGAAACUGAAAGGAGACAUUUCCAAUCCAAGGCUGCUUACAGCAAUGAAGGAACGCAAAUGGGGAGUGCAAGAUAUCACUCAGGACAAUUACAUUGACACAUUUGAGUGCAUGGUGUGUAACAGAGUGUGGGAAAACAUCAGAAGAGAAGAAAAGGGAUGGCUGCCCCAGAGGUGGAGUGCUCAGGUUAAACAUCUGAACUGCCCCAAACCUGAGGCUUUCAGGUUCUCCUCUUCAAAUCCCAGCCAGACCUCCCUCCAAGAGAUGUGGAUAGCAAGUUUUGAGCAGUCCAAGAAGGAAGCCUGGGCGCUGAGGAAGCUGGUGGAAAGGAACAGGAAUUUUACAGCUAAAGAAUUUUGGAUGCUUGUAUUCAAAGAAUAAAUGCAACAACUGUGAAACAAAGUGAA